AUGGACGCAGCCGUCGCCGGGCAGCAGUCGAGGCGUCGGAUCCGGCCGCCUGAGCCGCUCGUGAUGGCCGCGGCGCCGCCCACGCCGGCCGCGUUCCGUUGCCCGAUCUCGCUGGAGGUGAUGCGGUCGCCGGUCAGCCUCCCCACCGGCGCCACGUACGACCGCGCCUCCAUACAGCGGUGGCUCGAUUCCGGCCACCGCACCUGCCCCGCCACGCGGCUGCCGCUAGCGUCGACGGACCUGGUCCCGAACCUGCUCCUGCGCCGUCUCAUCCACCUGCACGCGGCCACGCUACCGCCUUCGCCGUCGCCCGAGCAGGUGCUGUCGCAGCUCGCGGCCGCGGACGGGGAGCCCGCGGCCGCGGAGAAGGCUGUGCGCUCGCUCGCGGCCAAGAUCGCGCCGGAGAAAGGGAAGCGGGCGUCCGUCGCGUCCGCUGUCGCCGCGGACCUCGAUUCCGCGGUGCCGGCGCUCCUCUCCUUCGCGAAGGGCGGGGCGGGCGCCGACGCGCGCGUGGACGCCGUGAGGAUCCUGGCUACCGUGGCCCCGGAGCUGGUCGCUUAUCUCACGGGGGAUGGAAAGGAGAAGCCUGGGAGGGUCAGUAUGGCGGUGGAGGCUCUGGCCGCAGUCUUGUCCGCGGACGGAGUUGCGGAAGAGGCUAAGGAUGCCGUCGUCGUUACUCUCGUCGCCGAGGACCUGGGCCGCAUCGCGACGACGCUGCUCGGCGCGGGCUCGAACGGCGCCGCGGUCCUGGAGGCGAUCCUGACGUUGCCCGCGGCGGACGCCGACGCCAAGACCGCCAUCGCCGACAGGCCGGAGCUGUUCCCGGACCUCGUGCGGAUCCUGAGGGACGCCGCGUCGCCGGCGGCCAUCCGGUGCAUGGCCGCGGCGGUGCAGGUCCGCGGGCGCCCGGCACGCGCGUCGAUGGUGCGGGCCGGGGCCAUCCCCGCGCUGGCGCUUGCCGUGGCGGCCGCGCCCACGGCCGCCGCGGAGUCCGCGCUGCGGCUACUGGCGGAGGCCGCCCGCUGCGGCGACGGCAAGGCGGCCAUCGCGGCAGACGCGGCCGAGGUGGCGGCCGCCGUGAUGGGGCGGAUGAUCCGCGUCGGGCCGGCGGGGAGGGAGGCCGCCGUGGUGGCGCUGUGGCUGUCCUGCUGCGCGGGCGGCGGGGAGCGGAGGAUGCGGGAGGCGGUGGCGUCCGCGCCCGAGGCCGUGGGGAAGCUGCUGGUGGUGAUGCAGGGGGACUGCGCCCCGACCACCUCGCGGAUGGCCGGCGAGCUGCUGCGGGCGGUGCGGCUGGAGCAGGAGCGCAAGGGCAUGGCCGCCUCCUACGACAGCCGCACCAUCCAUGUCAUGCCGUACUGA